UCGUCUCCUCUCUUCCGUUUCCGGUGUCCCCCUACAGUCAUGGCUGCCGCCGCCGCCGCCGCCGCCUCCGGCCAUGGGGCGCCCCUGUCCCCGGACGAAUUGCUUCCGAAAGGCGAUGCCGAGAAGACUGAAGAGGAGCUGGAAGAGGAGGACGACGAAGAGCUAGAUGAGACCCUGUCGGAGAGGCUCUGGGGUCUGACGGAGAUGUUCCCGGAGAGGGUCCGGUCCGCGGCUGGAGCCACUUUUGAUCUCUCUCUCUUUGUGGCUCAGAAAAUGUACAGGUUUUCCAGGGCAGCCUUGUGGAUUGGGACCACCUCCUUCAUGAUCCUGGUUCUUCCUGUCGUCUUUGAGACUGAGAAGUUGCAAAUGGAACAGCAGCAGCAACUGCAGCAACGGCAGAUACUUCUAGGGCCUAACACCGGGCUGUCAGGAGGAAUGCCAGGGGCUCUACCUUCACUUCCUGGAAAGCUCUAGAUUGUCACUGCUAUAUUUGACCUGUCUUGGUGGGCGAAGUUUGAAAAUUCAAUAGUGUUUGAACUGCUGAUUAUUUGGAAUUUCUUUUUAAACUUUGGCACAAUGAUCUAUCUAAACCUGGUGGCGAGAAUUCUCUCCACACUGUCUGACGGAGAGAGCCCCCAACUUAGAACUGUGCCCUCCAUGCUCUCCUGACUUAUUCUCUUCUCACUCUGAUACCAGAGUGCAGCAAUGCAGACGGUUACUCCAGCUCUGGGCAUCCCACCCCUUCACUAAAUUACUCCUGACUGCAAGAUCUCCCCACUCUCCCAUUGUGGGGUAGGAACUGAUGCCAUUGGGAAGGAUGUACCCCUGACCAUAGGUGACUGUUUUGUUUUGAAGAAUGGAGCUGUCAGGGAGGGCCAUGCACACACUGUAAGAUACAAACGCGUUACAGCUGUAGUGUAAAAGCAGCCACUGUGAAUCUCGAUGUAGGUUGGAAAGGAGGGAGGGCCGGCAGCAGCUUUGGCCACAGGACGGGGACUGUGGAGGACAGAGCAGGAGCUCAUUUCCUCUACACAUUUUGGCUAUUAGACCUGUGUGCGAGUCUAAAAGAGAAAAAAAGGUUAGUGCUCACUUUUUGUAUUUAAAUAUUAAAAAUGAUUCCACCCAGAA